AUGGCUAUUCGAGGGACCCAAGAAUGUAUCAGGCCGACGAUAUCAAAAAAAUCCCUUGUCGUAGGGUAUAUGUAUCACUUCUCCCGAGGUGACUUCCGUGGCAAGCUGGUAGGUUGGUGCAGCGGGCACGUUUGUGUGACCCCCCUCAUUCCUCCUGUUCUCCCCGGCUCUCAUGUACGCUACGCGUUCGAACCCGGUAGCUGUAAGUCCACAUUUUUUUCUCUUAUUUUUAUUUAUUUUAUUUUUCUCGCACAUCCUCAGCUUGUUAUGAUUGCUCACUUGCAAGUUUAUAGUGAGUGUAAGGCGGGUGAACAGUGUCUGACCGAGCCUCGAAGAAGAGAAACCGAACCGAGAUAG